AUGGGAGAAAGAUUCACCAAAGAUGCCAGGAGACGCCUUUUCGACAAGUGGUAUCCUGGCCAGUCCCACAGGUACAAGCACCUGUUUCACUCAUGGCUUCGAUCCAUGGAAAUGGAAGCUGAGUACAAGAAAGAUGGCAACGUCUUCUAUCAUCCGGAGCUACUUAUAGGAUCAGGUUCGCAUGCGAAGGUUUACCUUGGCAUCGUCCCAGCUGAUGGCCGGGAAGUGGCUAUCAAAGUCUUCAGGGACAGAGCAGGAUCGGACCAUUUCACCAAGGAGGUCAGAGCCAUGAAACAGAACACUGCCAUUUUCGGCAUCAUGCAGUACAUCACGUCCUUCGAGCAGACAAAGUGCUGGUUUGAGGAGAGCAGGUCCACGAAGCGACGCCGAGAGGAGCGAGUCCAGGUGGUGAUUCUGGAGCUGAUGGAAGGGACACUGCAGGAGGCAAUGUCUACCUGGGGAGAUCUGGAUGCCAAGCAGCACUUGGAUGUGGUGUGCUCCGUGUCGCGCAGCCUCCUGGACAUCCUAGGCCGCUUAAACCCGGUGGGUGAUCAAGGGUAUGUGCAUCGUGAUAUCAAGCCGGACAACAUCAUGAUCGACUGCAGGGGCAAUAUACGGCUGUGCGAUUUCGGAAUUGCUCGCGCUCUGCGCGAGGAUGAAGCACAGCUGUUCAGUCCAACAUGCGGCAGUUGCCCGCAGUUCACCCCACCGGAAGUACUCCUUUAUGCUACUCUUCACAAGACAGGUGAUCUGUAUUCUGUUGGCCGGGUGAUGAUUGCCAUGAUGCUGAAAGAUCCGAGUCUCUCCAGCAUGCGGGACCGAAGUCUUGAGCUCGAGGAGGUGCCGGCGCAGUGGCCCGGGUACAAGAGGCACGCCUUCGUUCGACUAGUCGCAGCUCUGACGCACCGAGACAAACAAUGUCGCGCGUAUUCCGACCAGCUGCAGGAUGUAUCACAGCUCUACCAG